AUGCUGUAUCCGGGUCUUUUCGACGUACAACUCAUUGUAUUCAGCCAAAAUCGAGGAACCAGCUUUAACUGGUCUCCGCCAAAGAUCGACGUAAUUCCAAUAGACGAGAAAUCCGUGCCCCUCGCAUGCUUCGACUUGAAAGCUAUGUCCCGAAUGCCGGAUUACAAGAGGAAACCAAUCGGUGAUUCUCUAAGGGUAUUGAAUGAGAAAGAAUAUCUAAAAGGAUGUCAAUGGGUUGUUGCAGGAUUAGAAUGCUGUGACGAUGCAGUCUGUUUGGUUGUCAAACUGGUUUAG